AUGUGGUUGCCUCAAAAUAUGGUUGCUGAAAUUAAGGACACUUCCUCCGGUGAGUUGAAAAGUGGAACCAAAGAUCUAGAGAGUGUUUCUCUUGAUGCUUCAAAUCAACUGCCAUGUCCUGUGUUUGCUAUCUCCUCCUUUUGGAAUGAAAUGGAGAAGCUAACCAUCAAUGACAUACUCCGUCUGCGGUUGAUCAGUAAUGCCCAGCACCCCAGCAUUUUGACCCAGCCCGAGGAUGGUAGCAUAGCAGACACUGCAGAUGCUGCAGACUCGGGCUACUUUACACAACCUGACGACUCUAAGCCGGACCGCUUAAGUGGAGACAUGUCUUACAUAUCUGAUCUGGAUGAAGACCUUGCACAGCUUCAAAACCCAUUUCCUUCUAAGCAAGAAGACGAGUCGAGUGAGUUUCCUAGCUCUUGUGGUGUGAUGUGGGAGAACGAUCCAGAUCCAGUGAUUGUGGGUGAUGAAAUGGUGCACAUAAGUUCUGAAACCGCUCUUCCUGAACAUCUCUACACAGCAAAUGCUCAGCAGUGCUUCAGAAGAAUGUGUAAGAACAUGUCUGUGCAGAAUCUGCAAGCUCUGGAUACUCAACCAAUCGGACAAAUCCUGAGAAAUGCCUCGAUGCAUUCAAUCCAUUCAGAGGUAGAAGAUGAUUGUAUGGAUCCUUUUUACCAUGUGAACACUUCAGGCUCAAAUAUCUUUUCUGAUGAUGAAGAAGAAAUAGAAAGCAGUGGUAUAGCAUUUUCUGAAAUAAUCCAGUAUUUCUUUGGUGAGGAUGAACCUGAACGUUGUGUGUCUCGUGCAGACAACAUAGCUGCCUCGUACCUUGAUGGUACCGGCACCUCAUUGCCUGAGACCUAUGAUUAUUUUUUCUCCGAGUUUGAUUCUGGAAGUUUUGUUUGUCCAAUUGUGGAAGAGUCAGGUGGUGAUAAAAUGGUUCCCAUAUUUUCCUGCUCCCGCUCAGCUAACAGAAACCUUCAGUUCCCAGAGGCAUACGACUAUUUCUUCCCUGAUUCCCCUGGGAAUUCAGAUGAAGAUGAUGAGAAUGACAAUGCAGCAAUCAAGGUAGUGACACGGUAUGACUAUAAGUCUCCCAACCAUGAUCCUGUUGACAUGUACGAGCACUUCUUGUCUGAAGAUGAGAGCGACUUCCUCUGGACGAACCCUCUUUCACUUCGAAAAGUUCGACGCACAGGUUAUACUGUCCCCAAAGGGAACACAUGUUCUGGGGAACUUCUGCCUGUGAAGACAUUUCCCAAAGGAAUCAUUCAACCUAUUAAUGCUAUGAGCCCUGAUGGGAGCCCCUUUCCAGAUUCCUUGCUCCUCAAGCUGGAGAACCGUAUCUUCCAGCAGCUGGCUGAACAACAGGAGAAGUGUAUGGAGAUGCAGACAGUUGUUGCUGAUCCAAGGUUGGAUGCUCCAUUCUUGCCUCUUAAACAGGCAGACAUGUGCUUGGUUUGUAUUGCUUUUGCCUCGUGGGUGCUAAAAUCAACUGGUUCAGGAGCAGACACCUGGAAAGCUGCUCUUCUCGCAAACGUCAGUGCACUCUCUGCCAUUCGAUAUCUGCGCAGACACAAGAGGGAGGAGGUCUCUGGAAAAACUCAUUUGCGUCAGAUAGAGCCAGCAUAAUUCCGUGGCACAGCACAGCCCUCAGAUCUGAUUUCAGCCACAUCUCCCUUUUUUCCAUGUAAUCCAAAAGUGUGAUUUUGAAUGUCAGACAUGUGCAUGCAUGACUUUUUCCAUCAUUCUCAGUACAUAUUAUUAUGAUUAACACUCUGAUGUGUGUUUAUUGCUGAUUAACUCAGUUGAUAUACAAUAGAUGUAGCAAAAUAUGAGAAAACAAAUGUGACUUCAGGCCAGUGGCAUUUCAAUAAUCUGCGCAUCCAGAUUAAAAAAAACAACAAUGUAGUUUGUUUAUGAAAUGACCAAAGCUCUUUUUCUGAUUCUGAGAUAUUGUGGAUUCUCUGUUUGCAGUGAAUGCUGUUGUGUGUUGUGAGGAAAGCAGCAGUAUGUUGAUUAAUAUUUGAUAAUGAGAUGCUUAUGAAGGUGUUAUGAUGGAAGAUGGACAUGUGUGUCUAAAUAAGUGUACCUGUGGAGAGAUUUUAAUGGAAGAGCUGAUGUCUAUGUACAAAUAGACCGUUUAUUGUGAUACUAUUGGGAUAAUGGAAUUUUUGCUGUGCCAAAUUAUUUUGGAAAACACAAUUUGAUUCGUUCAAAUUUCAAGCAUAUGGUGC